AUGGAGUUUCUACUCGGGAACCCGUUCAGCACUCCCGUGGGUCAGUGUGUAGAGAGGGCCACAGAUGGAGGCCUGCAGAACGAGGACUGGACCCUCAACAUGGAAAUCUGUGAUAUCAUAAAUGAGACAGAAGAAGGGCCAAAAGAUUCCAUGCGGGCACUGAAGAAGAGACUCAGCGGCAACAAGAACUACAGAGAAGUGAUGCUGGCGCUAACGGUAUUGGAAACAUGUGUGAAGAAUUGCGGCCACAGGUUUCAUGCCCAGGUCGCAAACAGAGAUUUCAUCGAUGGCACUUUGGUCAAAAUCAUCUCUCCCAAAACCAAUCCUCCAACGAUCGUACAAGACAAAGUGCUGUCGCUCAUACAGGCCUGGGCUGAUGCCUUCAGGAGUAGCCCUGAUCUUACUGGGGUGGUUCAUAUUUAUGAGGAGCUGAAGAGGAAAGGCAUUGAAUUCCCAAUGGCAGACCUGGACGCAUUGUCUCCAAUUCACACGCCACAGAGGGGUACCCCUGAGGUGGACCCAGCAAUGAUCAAGUACCUAGCCCCUACACCCCCUGCUGCCGCGGCUCCGAAACCUGCCCCGACCCCUGUUCCUGCCCCACAGGUCUCCAACGUGGCCGGUCCCAUCACAGCAACAGCUGAACAGAUUGCCCGGCUGCGCAGUGAGUUGGAUGUAGUGAGAGGAAACAUCAAAGUCAUGUCAGAGAUGCUAACAGAGAUGGUUCCCGGCCAGGAAGGUGCCUCUGACCUGGAGCUGCUGCAGGAGCUGAACAGGACGUGCAGGGCCAUGCAGCAGAGGGUGGUCGAGCUGAUUUCACGUGUCUCUAAUGAGGAAGUGACCGAGGACCUCCUCCACGUCAACGACGACCUCAACAAUAUUUUCCUCCGCUAUGAGAGGUAUGAGAGAUACAGAUCGGGUAGAGCCGCACAGAACAACGGGAUGUUGAAUGAGGCCACAGAGGACAACCUGAUAGACCUGGGCCCAGGCUCCCCUGCUGUGGUCACGCCCAGGAACACAUCCAGCCCUCCACCGCGCUCCACUGCAGGGGCCACUGCCUCCCCAUCCCAUAACCCCACUACAGCAUCGCUCUCCACCACACUAGCUGGCCUAGAUGUAGGUUCGGACAGCGUGAGUGGGACCCUGUCGUCUCUACCAAGCCACAACCGGGAUGACUUUGACAUGUUCGCCCAGACCAGGAGUAGCUCUCUGGCUGAACAGCGCAAGAAUGUAAAGUAUGAGGACCCGCAGGCUCUGGGUGGCCUGGCCUCAGCUUUGGAUGUGAGACAGCAGAACGCAGGAGGGCUGAGGGUAAAAGGGGAUGAUAACCCAGCAGAUCAGGAGCUGCCCAUAGACAGCUGGCUUAUUACCCAAGGAAUGAUCCCUGUAUCGCAGUCCUCUGUCAUGGAUGACAUAGAGGAGUGGCUCUGUGCUGACGUGAAAGGGGAUGCCACUGAGGAAGGGGUGACCAGCGAAGAGUUUGAUAAGUUCCUGGAGGAGCGAGCGAAGUCUACAGACACCGCUGCAUCUCCCACGGGAGCUAACCCUGCUCACCCAGCCCGAGCCCCUGCUGGCUCCCACAAGAAGGCUGAACGGACGGAAGACGCCCUGUUUGCCUUGUAGACUGUUCUCAGAGAACCUUGAAGUCUCUCCAGGGCACCUAAAGGUUCUCGACCCAGAUGGUUCCCCGACCAGACGGCCCCUCCAGUCCCAUUUCACAGCUGACUGGCAGUGUUGUUGCAAGAUCUCUGCUCUGCUUUGUCAUUCUCAUGCCACAGUGUUGCUCUAACAUACAUUACUGCACUACUCUGUUGCGUUUAACUAUAAAUGCAUGUAUUAAUCUGUCAGUGUGGGAUGUAUAGUCCCAGACGAGCAAAUUUGUCCGAUGUGGUUUUAAAAAGAGGUAAAUUACUGCGAGACGAAUCACUGCAGGUCCAUGCAUUUGAGUCAGUGUGGAGGCAUACAGUUAUGACAAUAUUGUGAUGUGUUACUACAUUCAGCUAAUUUAUGCAUUUAUAGUUCUAAUGGUUUGUUCUGUACUCUGUACUUGCGCUGUUGUUAUUAAGCGUUUUAGUCUUUUCAACAUGAAAUGUGUGCAGAAUGGCAACGCGUGUUAUUACCCAGUUUGCCUGAGGCAAUGUAGAGAAAAUAGCUAGCAGGCAAAUUCCGCUACCUGUGAGUAUAAUAGUUAAAUCACAGCUAAUCGCGAUGGGUGUAUGCCAGUUUAACCAAAGGGAAUUAAAAAAAACAAAACAGCAGUAGUUAAGAUUCUCUGCCAUGUAUUUCAAAUAGCUAAGGGGAAGGAACAUGCCCAUAGUUUUUUUAUUGUCCUAUGAAAAGACCACAACAAAUCAACAAAGACAAAUAUGAUAUGGAACACUUGUAGCCAUUCCAAAGACGAUGAAGGCUUUAAUGACCAACUAGCACUUACUGUUGCCUGUCGAACAAUAAUCACAUCCGGGCAUAAUAAAUGUUAAGGGAUCAUGAACAUUUUCCUUCCCCUGCUAUGAUUCAUGUCUGUGCACUUUGAAGCAAAAACAAAUCCGUAUUUUGUCCUUUGUGUUUACAAGAUGGUUACUAUUUUUCUAGGGGAGGGGGAAAUGGUCUGUAGAUUGACUCCGUUUUGCACAACAUAACUUUUUUAACUGUGUAACUGCAGCUCUUGUACCCACAGAAGUGGAGAGAUUGACUGUCAACCUUAUGAUUGCAAAACCUUAGAGUAUUAGGAAUUGCAUAAAGAUGCGAGACAAAAAAACCUGUGCGCAGACAUCAUACCUGAACAAAAAACUCAAAAGUGUAGCUUACAAUAAUACGCGGAUGUAAAGGAUGUAUUCAAAUAAGUAGAUCUUCACUGACCCUACACUAUGUAAUCUAUACACCUCAAAAUACAGGAAUUCUUUGUUUCUGUAUCUGGUUGAAAAUGUAUCGGCUCAUUAAAUCCAGACGUCAGAGAGAUUUAUCAAUUAUUUGAUCCCCUGAUUGUAUUUUUAUAGAUCAUUUAAGACAACAACAAAAAAUUGUUUCUGCCAUUUGAUCUUUUGUGGUUCGGGCUGAAACAUGCAGCAAACAAGCACUUGUAUGAUUAUGGCCAUCAAAGACAUAUUCUCACGCUCAGUGUAUUUUCAUUCCGGUGUGACUCAUCUGCUGUUGUUGGAGCAGCUGCCAAGGAUUUGUGUGAUUGACUGAUUUCAGCAAAGUAGCUCUGACUUGAGUUUCCCUUUGGUGUACUUAUCACACUUUGAGGCAAAAAAACAAUCCCAUCUUCCAGCUCUUUUGCUGAUGCUCGUUUUUGUUUUAACAUUUUUUGUUCUCCUUCAGUCCAUUUAAGACCAAACGCCUUGUCAAUCAGAGGCAGUCCAAUUAAAAAAUCUUCUAAAUAGUGAAAGUCUAAUUAAACUUUCCUCUUAUCCGUUGUCAGUAUUGUCCUCCCGCUGGGGGAGAAAUAUUCAUGAAUUAUUUUGUGUACGUAAUCAUAACGACUAAAUAUUUUAUUACGUAUCAGUUGAGAAGAAAAUAAAGAUUAAUGAGCUUUAACUGUCUUAAAUGCAGCAAGAUCACAUGUAGGUCCAAUAUGGUUGCCAGGUAACUGAGAUGAUAGCGUUAAAACGGCAAUCAAGCAUUGUGUCGUCUUUGAAAACAGUCGCUAAAAAUUUAACAGGAGAUCCUUUAAAAGGGAACUUUUCUCUGUGUUUGUGUGUUUGUGUAUCUCUGGACCUGUAACAGAGUGUUUUGUGUUACUUGCUUUUAUGAAGCUUACGUCCUUACGGCAACAUGUAUUCCUCUCAACAUGGUAACUGAAUGUCUUUUUAAUACUGGCGAGACGGAGCAUUUAGUGGAUAUACGUUGUGGACGCGGCGGAGAGAGGGGGGGGGCUUGACUUCUAACCGUGGGGCUCCCGUGUCUGUUUGGCUGUGCCGCCUGCCGCCAUUACUGAUGGUCAGAUUUCUGUUUGACCUAAUGCACGUGUAUAACUGCCCAAUAAAAACACUAGCAAUGUGUGACCUCUA